AUGGUAAAUGAUCGAUGGAAAAUCAUGAACAGUGUUUCAGAACUCGAAGAUGGACAACAGCACAAACCUCAGAGGAUGAGCUGUAGCUAUCUGUUGUGCACGGUCCUGCUGUUCGUUGCCGUGUUACUGGCAGUCACGGUAACUGGAACCAUCCUGCUGAUGAACCAUUACCAGGCGCUGCCUGGACCCGACAGCCCGCCCCUAAUCAACACCAAUCAGGAUGAGGGGAACGCCCUGGUGACUGUUGAGAGGGGCGAUGGUUCCCGCAUCAACAUCUUCAUUGACCCCAACUGCCCGGACUACAACAGCAACUUCCUGCGGCUGGAGGGCGUCCAGACCUCCCUCCUGCAUUCCCUCACUGACCACGACUCGGACCUGAAGUCGGUGAAGGGUCAGGACCGGGCCCUGCUGGUCAAACUGGCGGAGGAGGUGGCCAAGCUGUCCGCCCAUGCCAGCGAGCUGAAGAUGGAGUACGAGUCUCUGAGGCGCGGCCAGGGGAGCAUCGGCCAGGAGCUCAGUACACUGCAGACGGAACAGGGAAGGCUCAUUCAGCUGCUGUCAGAGAGUCAGAUCAACAUGGUGAAGGUGGUGAACUCGGUGAGCGACGCACUGAGCUCCGUGCAGAAGGAGACAGGCAGCAUAAAGACACGCCUGAAAGCUGAUCUUCAGAGAGCUCCUGUACGCGGAGUCCGCCUAAAGGGAUGCGGAAAUGGAGAGGGUUCCAGACCGCGUGACUGCAGUGAUAUCUUGGCCAGCGGGCAGAGAGAGGACGGGGUCUACUCAGUCUUCCCCAUACACUACCCGGCAGGCUUCCAGGUGUACUGUGAUAUGACUACUGACGGUGGGGGAUGGACGGUGAUCCAGCGCAGAGAGGAUGGGUCUGUGAACUUCUUCCGUGACUGGGAGGCCUACCGUGAGGGGUUCGGGAAGAUCACAGGGGAACACUGGUUGGGUAUGAAGCGGAUUCAUGCCCUCACCAUCCAGGCGAACUAUGAGCUGAGAAUAGAUCUGGAGGACUUUGAGAACAGCACUUCCUUCGCCCAGUACGGGUCCUUCGGAGUGGGUUUGUUCUCUGUCGACCCGGACGAAGACGGCUACCCGCUGAGCGUCUCGGACUACUCGGGCACGGCAGGUGACUCAUUGCUCAAACACAAUGGAAUGAAAUUUACCACCAAGGACAAGGACAACGACCAUUCGGAGAAUAACUGUGCCUCGUUCUACCACGGUGCCUGGUGGUACCGAAACUGCCACACCUCCAACCUGAACGGACAGUACCUCCGUGGCCAGCACACCUCCUAUGCUGACGGCAUCGAAUGGUCGUCCUGGACUGGUUGGCAGUACUCCCUCAAAUUCACCGAGAUGAAGAUUAGACCCAACAGGGAAGAAAACAAAUGA